AUGCGCAAUGCACUCUCCGGCUCGAGGCUCGAGGCUGCGCCACCGCCUGGAUCAACCGUGCCUCCCACGCGUCUCUCCUGGAGGAUUCCCGACAGCAGCUCCGCCCUACCUAGCGGAGGAGGCUAGAUGUUCAAGCUCUCCCCAGAUCUACCUUCGGGGUGAACAGGCUGCGUUGGUGAGGGUAUGGCUUGGAAUUAGUUAGAUCCUUGGGUCCACAACAGCCUCACCAGUUUUGUCUCUCACAACCUUUGAACUGUUGGAGAUCCGGGCUCGGAACCCUGGGAACACGCGUGCGCAGUACGUGCCUGUUCAGCCGCCCUGGGGGCAGUGGACGGUCUAACCACCUGAAUAUCCUCCUGGGUGCAGGGGGCCUCCCUCCCAAUAUGACCUGAUGAUGCACCUGCAAAGGCACUAUGGCAAGGCAGUGUAUGCCUCCUCUUCUUGGGAAGUUCUCAUGGCAGUGAUGGGACUUGAAGAAGACAUCUGACAGCUUCAGGGACAAGGAGAAACACAGACAUCAUUACCUGCAGACCCCUUGAGUUUUCUUCCAGUUUCUGAGGGCUGUGGGAUUCGGGACGGGAAGCAUCUGAAAGACGAUUUCAAAGGAAGCAGAUGACACUUGCACGGGACUGCAUUUUGGUCUAUGCUCAAAGUGAUGAAGUUGAUUUGCAUCAUUCUGCCACUAACGCUGAAGCGUCCCGCUCCUGGAAACCCCCGCCAGAGAUGCGGAGUUUACCGAGAGAGGACUCCGCGGAGCGCUGCCAUAAAUUCAAAACUAACUAUCGGGGCAGACAAUCGCUUCGAGAGAGGGACGGAACGUGGGACCCGGGGAGCCCCGCGCCCCUCGCCUGGAAAGGACUGGUCAAGCGCCUUCUUCCUCCUCCCCGAGUCGGAAGUGAAUGUCACCUGCAGGUCUGCCCCACUCUCUGGGCGCUUCCCCCUCCUCUGCCCAGUUCGGACAGUCUCUAGUGACCGGUUUCAGCUCCGGCCGUCUUCGGGCUCCAGGCUGCAACCCCCCGCCCCGCUCCGGGAAUCGCGUCCCCUCCCCCGUGGUCCCCGCCCCCUCCAAGCUCUGCCGGGCGCUGAUUGGCGGCGGCGCUGACAGGAGGCGGGGCCUGGAAGUCCCGGCCAAGCCCGCCCUCGCGUAUAAGCGCCUUCUCGGCUCUCUCUCUCUCCAUCUCUCUCCUCUCUUUCUCUCUCGCUCCCUUCCUCCCUGUAACUGAACAGUGAAAAUUCACUGGAUCCGCUAACAGGCACAGAUGUCAUGUGAAAACGCACAUGCUCUGCCAUCCACACCGCCUUUCUUCCUUUUCUGUUUCCUUUUCUUCCCCCCCUUGCUCCUUCUCCUUCUUUGUAACUAACAAAACCACCACCAACUCCUCCUCCUGCCGCUGCUGCCCUUCCUCCUCCUCCUCGGUCCAAGUGAUCACAAAAGAAAUCUUCUGAGCCGGAGGCGGUGGCAUUUUUAAAAAGCAAGUACAUUAGAGAGAAAGGAAAAAAAAAAAGAAAAAAAAACAAAAAACAAAAGCAAAACAAAACCCAGGCACCAGCCAGACAGCCCAUUUUUUUUUCCACCCUUCCUGAAAACAAACAACCAAACAACCAUCAAAACAGUCAUCACCACCAUCAUCAAAACUGUUAACAUAGCAGCGGCGGCGGCGGCAAACGUCACCCUCUGGCCACGGCGUCCGCCUAAAGGGAUGGUUUUCUCGGCGGAGCAGCUCUUUGCCGACCACCUUCUUCACUCGUGCUGAGCAGGAUUUUUGGGCUCUCCGGGGUUCGGGCUGGGAGCAGCUUCAUGACUACGCGGAGCGGGAGAGCGGCCACACCAUGCGAGCACAAAUUGAAGUGAUACCAUGCAAAAUUUGUGGCGAUAAGUCCUCCGGGAUCCACUACGGAGUCAUCACGUGCGAAGGCUGCAAGGGAUUCUUCAGGAGGAGCCAGCAAAACAAUGCCUCUUACUCCUGCCCAAGGCAGAGAAACUGUUUAAUCGACAGAACCAACAGAAACCGUUGCCAACACUGCCGACUGCAGAAGUGUCUUGCCCUCGGGAUGUCGAGAGAUGCUGUGAAGUUCGGGAGGAUGUCCAAGAAGCAGAGGGACAGCCUGUACGCCGAGGUGCAGAAGCACCAGCAGCGGCUGCAGGAGCAGCGGCAGCAGCAGAGCGGGGAGGCGGAAGCCCUCGCCAGGGUCUACAGCGGCAGCAUCAGCAACGGCCUGGGCAACCUGAGCAACGAGGCCGGCGGCGCCUACGCCAACGGACACGUCAUCGACCUGCCCAAGUCCGAGGGCUAUUACAGCGUGGAUUCCGGCCAGCCGUCCCCUGAUCAGUCAGGACUUGACAUGACUGGAAUCAAACAGAUAAAGCAAGAACCUAUCUAUGACCUCACCUCCGUACCCAACUUGUUUACCUAUAGCUCUUUCAACAACGGGCAGCUAGCACCCGGGAUAACGAUGACUGAAAUCGAUCGAAUUGCACAGAACAUCAUUAAGUCCCACCUGGAGACGUGUCAGUACACCACAGAGGAGCUGCACCAGCUGGCGUGGCAGACCCACACCUACGAGGAGAUUAAAGCCUAUCAGAGCAAGUCCAGGGAAGCACUAUGGCAGCAAUGUGCCAUCCAGAUCACUCACGCCAUCCAGUAUGUGGUAGAGUUUGCAAAGCGGAUAACGGGCUUCAUGGAGCUCUGUCAAAAUGAUCAGAUUCUACUUCUGAAGUCAGGAUGCCUGGAAGUGGUUUUAGUGCGAAUGUGCCGUGCCUUCAACCCAUUAAACAACACUGUUCUGUUUGAAGGAAAAUAUGGAGGAAUGCAGAUGUUCAAGGCCUUAGGUUCUGAUGACCUAGUGAAUGAAGCAUUUGACUUUGCAAAGAAUUUGUGUUCCUUGCAGCUGACUGAGGAGGAGAUUGCUUUGUUCUCAUCUGCUGUUCUGAUAUCUCCAGACCGAGCCUGGCUGAUAGAACCAAGGAAGGUCCAGAAGCUUCAGGAAAAAAUUUAUUUUGCACUUCAACAUGUGAUUCAGAAGAAUCACCUGGAUGACGAGACCUUGGCAAAGUUAAUAGCCAAGAUACCAACCAUCACGGCGGUCUGCAACUUGCACGGGGAGAAGCUGCAGGUAUUUAAACAAUCACAUCCAGACAUAGUGAAUACACUCUUUCCUCCAUUGUACAAGGAGCUCUUUAAUCCUGACUGUGCCACCGUCUGCAAAUGAAGGCAACGAGAGAACUGUCUCCUAGUCGUGGAAUGCGUCACCAUUAAGACAAAAGCAAUGUGUUCAUGAAGACUUAAGAAAAAUGUCACUACUGCAACAUUAGGAAUGUCCUGCACUUAAUAGAAUUAUUUUUCACCGCUACAGUUUGAAGAAUGUAAAUACGCACCUGAGUGGGGCUCUUUUAUUUGUUUGUUUUUGAAAUGACCAUAAAUAUACAAAUAUAGGACACUGGGUGUUAUCUUUUUUUUUUUUAAUUUUAUUUUAUUCGGGUAUGUUUUGGGAGACAACUGUUUAUAGAAUUUUAUUGUAGAUACGUACAAGAACAGAGCGGUACUUUACAUGAUUACUUUUCCUGUUAAUUGUUCAAAUAUAAUUUAAGAAAAUUCCACUUAAUAGGCUUACCUAUUUCUAUGUUUUUAGAUAGCUGAUGCAUGUGUAAAUUUGUAGCUGUCUUGGAAAGCACUGUGCAUGUAUGUAAUAAGCAUAUAAUAUCUGAGAAUAUUAUAUAUGACUAUUACUUAUACAUGCACAUGCACUGUGACCUAAAAUCCCAUACAUACUAACAAAGGAGGUUCAGUCAGGCUCUCUUAUAUUAUUUACCUUCUGUGUUAUGUGUUACCUUUAUGUUAGACAAUCAGGAUUUUGUUUUCCCAGCCAGAAUCUUCAACUGUCGUCAAUGGCAGGGUGGUACCAAUUCAGAGAUAACGUCUACAAAGGAAUAAACAUAAUGCGCGGCCUCUGUAUAAGAACUCUGUUUCUAUCAAUGACAUCAAAGCCUUGUCAGGAUGGUAAAUAUCGGCGGGUGGCGGGGGGGGGGAAUAUCUGGAGCCAUUUUCCUGUUUUAAGAAUUCGGCCACAGAUAACGUUGUGGAGUCCAGGACUUUUUUGACCAAACAAUCACUAUUUCCUAUUUUUCACCAGGACACAUAAAACACUUUUUUUUUUUUUCCCCCUUUGGAUUUCAGGUGGGUAAAGAAACUGAUUUUGGUGCUCACUGUGUUGUCACCAGAGAAAUGCAGUCUGUAGGUUUGACCACCAGCAAUUUUUUUCUAAUAAAAUUAGAGUCACAGAGGAAACCAGAGCCCAGGGCCCCGAUGCCAUUUCAUGUAGACAUUUUUUCUCUAACCUGUUGUGUCUGGGUUUGAUGUUUUUUGUUUUUUGAGGGUUUUUUUUUUGUUUUGGGGGGCUUUUUUUGGCAAUGAAGAGGUAGAAAGAGCUUGGUUCUUUAUAUUCAUUCUCUUUGCUACAUUUGUUAGAAAAAGCAGCAAUAAAAGGGGAGGCAGGAUUUGAUAUGUCCUUCUAGCGGGGGUGGGGAGGGGUCCUCUAAUUUCUCUCAACUCCAAAGUGCUGUACUAUAAACACAGAGCAAGAACUUGACAGAUAACGAAAACACAUCGGAGUUAUUCCGUAGAACUAAUACACCCCAAAGCCCAAACUGUUUCCUAUGCAGUUUGCAAUUAGAUCAUCCGUCUGGCCUGGGAUUCUUUCUUUUAGCAACUUGUCAAAAACACAGAAUACAAGAGGGGAUAUGAGGCUUGGAGUAUUAAGACUUCCUAGUAUAAGUCUCACCUCUCCACCUGCUCCCCAAGCAAACUGAAUACCAGAAAAGCAUAAAUCCCAAGCAGCUUGUUCUGCCUGUGCUCCAGAGGCCCUAUGCCUUUGGUCUUAGCCGAUCCAAAAUUAAGAGUUUUUUAAAAAGGAAGCCAGAGCAGAGCCUCAUGUAACUCAGUGACAUUCACGCUCUCCUGUGAGUAAAGCCCAGCAGCCAGCUCCCGAGGACCCGCCCUUUUCUCCUCGUCAAACACACACACGCACACCUGCUCGGUAAAGUUUCCAUCGGUGGAAACCUUGAUUUCCUUUUAAUCUCUGACGCUCUUCUGGAGUUACGUGGUCUUGAGAGCUGUCUCCGCAAGGCCACAAAACCCCUCGUUGACCAGACAGUAGCGCUAGUCUUUUCUCUAGAAAACAGAGCCUUUUCCCACCUCAUGAUUGAUGAGUGCUAAACCAGUGGGGAAAAACAAAAAGGCUUUAAAAUAAUGACUCUCUUUCUCAACUACUGUUAUAUUCAAUUAAUUUAACUACAUUGAACCAAAUUACCUUCGGUGUCUAAGAAGACAGCUGCAGACUGCUUAUUAUGUGGCUGUAGAGACUCAGUUCUUUUUGGUGUAAAUGUCACUCCUGCUAGCUCUUUGUAUAAAGAAUUAAUUCCAAGAGUCAUAUUUCCUUCUAAUGGAAAGAUUACUUUACUGAUUGCUAGGAAAACAGGGUAAUGGAAGGCGCUCAAUUAAACCAAGCCGUUUCCAAAUGCAAUGUAUGUUUUAUGAUUGGCUUGUGAUAGGCAAUGCUCAACGUGUCUGCUUGGUGUUUCCCUUUGAGCUUUGAACUUAUGUCAAACUUUGUUUUCAUUGUUCUGUUGGCCUAGUGUUUUCCAUCGUCCGCCUGUAAUUCCCGCUCAGUUGCAAAGGGAAUCGUUUGUUUCCUCCAAUUUACCUUAGAGGGUUUAAAUUGGUUCUGUUGAUGAAGUGGCUGAGAAUUUUUUCCUCCCUGCCCCAUGGGUGAUGUAGGAAAAGGAUUGCUCCCCACAUUUGCCUCAGGAGGUACUCGAUUUGAAUGUGUUUGUCGUUUCUACUAGUGCAAGCAUUUCACUGGGACCGCAUGAACCUUUUGAAGCUAGGGGACAGGAAACAGCUAGCGACUGAACCAGAACAAAACAGUGGAAACGAGUACACGCUCAGCCCACUUCGGCUGAGAAAAGAGAUUUCCAUCUUUCGCCACAGUUGCCAAAUCUGUCCGUUAAAAGACCACCAAUCACAUUUUCAGUGGUAACGACAAACGCCUUGAAAAGCUGCCUUUUUGAACAUCUCCUGUGACUACAUCUCGAGGUGUUUUGAAAUUUUGCUAAGAUCGCCUUUCCUUACCACAUGCAAUCUCUGUCCCUUCCCUACGAAGACUCACAAAUGUUCACCACACCUUCAUGGUAAAACGGGCACUGGAAGAAAGAACCCAUGAUCUGUACGUUUCACUUCUUGCUUCGUAAAUGACAAUCACUGCUUGGCACAGAUAUUGCACUGUAACCACUCAGGGAUGUUUCAUUAAAAAAAAAGAAAAAGAAAAAAAAAAGAAGGAGGGGGAAAAAAACAGGAAAAUGACAACAAAACGUAAAUGGCACAAAUUAAAUACGCCAGGGAGAGAACCUCUCUGACAAGGCUUUCAGAACAGUAGGCAGUAACUUUGUGUUGUUAACUGUUUGGACUUGUUGAAAAGUUGCACAUGAAUAAGGACAACUUAGCCUCAUUUUCUGAAAUCUGCUAAGAGCCAAAUAAUCCAGCUACCCUAUUAAUAGGAAUAUGUCUCUCCCAAGCAGCCCCAAGCUUCCUGUACAAGUCCUGAGCAAGGAAAAUAAGAAAUCUGAGUGGCAUUAUCUGAAUCUGACAAGGGAGGUAAAGCUGUGUGAAUUCAAAUUCCACUGUGAUUCUGGAGGGAAUGUAGGAGAAGAAGGGAUUCCAAAUUUGGUUUAAUAUGCCACACAGACUCCUACUGCCCGUGACUUGGGUCAUCUUUGUGUCCCUUAUUCUGUGGCUCUUUUUUCCCCAGAGACUGAAAGCUGAGAGUAGAGGUGUACCUUACAAACAUACCCUUUCGGGAUUUCCCUUGUUGAAAUACUGGUCUUCAGGACUCUGGAAUAAAGGACCACAGUGUAGGUAUAAACAGAGAAUGUGGAGGUCUCUUGGGUAAUUCAACUUCUUGGACACAAUCUGUGACACCCUAAAUCACAGUCAACUCUGGACAUGAAUAAGAGAUUCCGGGGAGACACCCGUACAUUUCCUAUCGUAGCUGCCUUGUUCGACACAUAACUUCACAGCAGUCAAGCUAAAUUGUAGAAAACCAUGCACAUGGCUAGUCAACUCACGCUCACUCUCUACAGUCCCAAGCGUACCAGGCUUGAAUGCAAAAGCGAUUCUUCCGUCCCAAGGACAACCUAAAACUUAACCAGCUUUUUUCAAAAACAUCAGUCAGAUGCAAAUGAUAUCAGUUCUGUUCCGUGUUCUUUGUUUCCAUUUAUUAUAGAAGCAAGGAAAAAUUCCACUGCUAUUGGAAAUUAGAAGAAAUAACUUUUCCCUGACUCUCUUUUCUCCAUACACUUUCGCUUCCAAUGAAGUUACUACAAUUGGCAGUGAAUUCAGGCAAGGAUGCCUGUGCCCUGACAGAGCCACCGUUCAAUAGAACAGCAAUAACUUGAAAGUAUGCAUCUGUAGUGAAACUUUGCACAAAGCCCCCUGUAUAAAGAAGACAAAAAAGCCCACCAUCUGCUUUAGACGAAGUAGUAUUUAAUUUUCUGUUUCCAGCUGUUAAUAAAAGCAGCAACCUGGUAUGGGAAACCACACGGGCCUUUAGACAAGAGUUGACCACCUAUUUUUGGAGGGGCAGGCAGGGGCCAGGUCUCAGGACCAGAGGCACGUGUUCCCUUAAAGCAAGGGUUAAAAAUCCAAGAGCCUAAAAGGGCCAGGGAGCCGAUGCAAAUGAGCGCAAGCAGUCCAAUGGCCAGCUGGCAAGGAAAUGCCCCAUCUGAAAAGGGACAUCCGAUAGUCAGCUAAAGCACAAGUGUGGCUAAAGCUUCUGAAUCUUAUAACAUCUGUCUAGUUGUAAGUGAUGUCAGUUGAUUCAGAGCUUAAUGCAGACCAGACAAAUACAUCUCUGUGCAGAAAAAGGUUCACAGUUUGCAACCUCUGGUUUAGCACAAAAUUGAA